AUGACAAGAAGUGCAUUAUUCAAACGAGAUAUCAUCGAAGAAUUUUCGAUUUCUGUUGUGGUGGGUACUUCGGGGAAAAGACUUGUUUUUUCUGUUGUUGUUUCCAAAGCUGUUUUUUCUGUUGUUGUUUCCAAAGCUUCCGUAGAUGCUUCUAGAGUUUUCGUAGUAGCUUCUUUCAUAGAAGUUGUGCUACUAGAUUCCGUUGGUUUCGAUGUGCUUGUUUCAGUCUCUGAUGGAUGUGGAGUGUCGGUGACAUUUGUCGUUGAGGCGGAAGUUCCUGUAGUGGGCUCUGAAGACUCUGGAGCCCCCGUAGUCUCAGUUGGUUCCAGAAGAGCUGUAAAGCGUUAUGUCUAG